CACCAAAAUUAUUCCUUUGAAUACAUAACGGGCGAUGAGGGUGGUGCAAUAGCGUGGUUCGUGGGAGACCUGGAAACCUUCCGUCUACUAGGACCCCGCCAUCGGGCCAAAUGGAGAUAUUGGUCAAUGGGAGGGAGGUCUCUCGUGAGCCAGUGUCUGUCGCCCUAAAUUUAAGAUUCAGUUCCUCGUGGAACUGGAUGGACUGGGAAAAACUUGGGGUACGGAAAAGCGAUAGGUAUAUAUGAUACGCUCCGAGAUACACGCUGACUUUACCAGGCCAAAACUUGAGGAAGGAGUGAUAGUGAAUAUUGAUAAUGUUCGCCUUUACCUGGAGGAGGGAAAGGAGUCUAUUACUUGUGACCCGCGUGAGCAUUCUAUCAUACUUCACGAAUUUUCUGGUCUUCAGCACUGGUUGGGUGCCUGGUUAUCCCACCACGGAUUACAUUGGGAAGCACCAAAAGGCAUAUACUAAUUUUAAUUUUACCGCGAGUAUUUCCCGGUACUGAGAGACCUUAUAAGGGAGGAAAGAUAGCAUUUGUGCAGGGCAUGCAUGGGAGGACACUGGUUACCCGUGUCCAAGGAACAAGUUAAUGCAUAGGUGU